AUGAGCUCACAACCGUCUUUCGUCACCAUAAGGGGCAAGGCCAUUUCUCUAGAGACCCAAACGGAGUCCCUCCUCUCUAAGUACUCCACUUUCGCGCAGACAACUAGCUCAGAACAAACCGGUCAAGAGAAGAAGAUAGACAAGCAAUUGGAAGGAAUCUUAGGCCAGAGACAGGAUGUAAUCGAUUCGUUAACACAAAUCUGCGAUUCAAACCCGGCCAUCUCCGCCUCAAAGCUUUCGCAGCUGCAGCGCCACAAGGAGAUCUUACAAGACCACUGGAAGAGCUUCCGCAAUAUCAGGUCCUCCAUCCAGCAAGAACGCAACAGGCUCAACCUGCUAUUCAGCGUGAAGAACGACAUUGCCAAUUCCACAACGGACGCGCCAGCUCCCAUCGGGGACGCUGACGAGUACAUUCAGAACGAAACAAGGCGAAUUGAUCAGUCCAACAAUGUUGUCGACCGCCUCAUCUCCCAAGCCUGGGAGACUCGCUCACAGUUUCACACGCAGAGCAACGUUUUGAACACAGCAAACAACAGGGUGUUGCAAACUCUGCAGAGAAUACCAGGCGUCAAUCAACUUAUUAUGAAGAUCAACACGAGGAGGAAGAAAAACGCGUUUGUAUUGGCCACGAUAACAACCCUUUGUAUACUGUUUUUGUUUUUCACAUGGUAA